GGUAAACAGUCACAACAAGGACAAAAACCCGAGCGUGUUUCUGAUCUGAAAGUGUGUUGUGUAAUUUCAGAAAUGCUUACACACAUACUGAAUGCUCCGUUCAGGAUGCCUUGCAAUGGCCGGAUGGCCGUUUUUCAAAAUGUUUCCCCGGUCAGGACGGCUUUAUCGAGUGACAUGGAGCGACUGGAGAAUGGGGAACCUUACCUCCAGUCAUGGGGCUUUGUCCAGCACUGCAUGUGUUCAGUUCGUGCAGGAGGUUGUGGCACAAAACUGCGUUGUCAUAUUUUCCAAAACCAGCUGUCCGUAUUGUAGAAUGGCCAAAAAUGUCUUUAAUGAAAUCGGUGCGGCAUACAAAGUGAUUGAGCUGGAUCAGCAUGAUGAUGGGAGGAGACUGCAAGAAGCAUUAGCUCAGAUGACUGGUGCCAGAACUGUGCCACGAGUGUUCAUCAAUGGGAACUGCAUCGGUGGAGGAUCAGACACCAAGCAGCUUUACCAGCAGGGGAAGCUGCUGCCUCUCAUUGAGCAGUGCACUCCCUGCUGUGCAGCAGCGGGCUCUGAAGGCUCAGGCAGCGGAGAGUUCAAGUCCGCCAAAUGACUAACCGCUCUAGUAAUUUUAGGAUCCUUUAUAUAUUUAUUAUAUACUUGAUCUUAUUUUAAAUGUCAUAUGCUGCUGUGCAAAACAUUUGUGUAAUUGAUGUGUAUAUUUUCUAUUUUUAUUUAGAUUUUUUUAAAUUGGCUUUUACAUUGUUAUUUCAACAAUAGCAUUUUAAACUUUUUUUUAAGUCAUACAAGCAAAAGCACUAGAUUUCUUAUUAUUCAUAUUGUUCUAAAACAAAACAGCACAACUUAUAAUAAUUGUAACGUUAAUACAUACGGCAAAUAUUUCUUUUUUUUUUUCAAAUAUAAAUCGGCCCUACUGUUUAAAAAAAACCACAAAUGUUGUUAUAUAUACAGUUCUGAGUAAUCUAAUACCAACACGGAUGUUAAUAAGUCAAUUUGUAUAUUUAUUAAUCGUAAAAUAAAACGUAUGAUGCUCCGGU